GACCUAUUUGAAAAAGAUUAUGUUCUCAUGCAUAAAAAGACAUUGCGAAUGUUACAUAGAAUUUCAGAUAACAUUCAGAUUACCACAAUUUCCUAAAAGAAGAAAAAAAAACUUAGGACAUUAUUGAUGAAAAUGGAGGUGGUUGAAAACUAUUGUAGAUCAUGUCCUUAUUUCUACGAUCUGUGACGUGAAGUAGUACAAGAAAAGCCCGAAUUUUGAAACAUUUUCCCCUCUCAUCCUCUCACUGCUUUCCAAAGGCUGUAGUUGAAGAUGCUCGUGAUUUUAAGGGUAUUUUUAUGGUUCUGGUGAUUAAUUGGCAAGAUUUCUAGUUUAUCAAAAGGGGAAACUGUCUUGAAACCCAGCUAAUCAUCUUUGUGGCCUUGGAACAUUGUGGUGAGAAAGCAAGGCGCCGUUGCUGAAGCCAGGCCGAAGUAGUAGUGUAAUAAUAAGAGUGGCAGUAACAAGAGGUAUAAAUUACAUGCUGCCUUCCUAUUCCUGUUGCUGUGUUGUUUAGUAAAGCAAAACAGCAGUGCAUUGUAAGGAUAUGACGCCUGGUGAUGGUAAUGGUGAUGGUGGUGGUGAGAAAUUGGCGCGUAUCCCUUCGUGUUUCCAUGUGCUGUGUGUUGGUGCGUGCUGGUACGAGGAAACAGUGAGGGUGUGUGGUAUGUGGUGCGUGAGUGCAUGGCUCGCUGUGCAGGUGGCGUGGACAGGUGAACAGGCCAAUACCCAGGAGAAAAAAAAUGCGGUUAUGUUGUGCCUUUAGAGAGGAAAGGGUCGUGUCUGCAGGAACGCCCCCGCCCUUCCCCUGACGGCCUCUGGAGCCUGUGUACUGCGACUGUUGUUUAUUCAUAGCUGUGUACAUUCCUUCACGGUGGCAUGUAUGUUAGUGAAAGACGGUGUGGCUGUAGUAGUAAAGGCAGCAGCAGGAGUGGAAGUAGUAGCAGUCGUGGCAGUGGUAGUUGUAAACCUCGUGUAGUUGUCAUGAUGUCAACAGCACAACACGAAGUAACGCAGACCGCCAUGGACAUAGCAGUAGGAGUAGAAGUAGAAGCAGUAGUGGCAGUGGUAGUUGUGAACCUCGUGUGUUGAUGUCUGUACAACACACGACGAGGAACGGAGAUACAAACACAAGGGGAGCAGAAAUACCAGCGUGUGUCGUGUCAGAUAAGAAUAAUGAGGAGUCAGGGUGUAGGAUGCGAUAAGGGACACAGAGGGCGGAAGAAGGGAAGGAAACAUCUCAAAAUAAAACGCCAGAAAAUAAUGGGGAGACAAAAAAAAUAAAAAACGGCCGAGUCAUUGAAAGAUUACACUAGCAAACGUGUCAAUUUUUGCAUGCAUGUGGAAUGUGAAGGUGGUGGUGGUGGAAGGUGGUGGUGGGACAAUACUUGAAGUGACAUUAUUGGUGAGGAUUGUGGCUCUAGUGCUGGUGACAUGGUAGUGAUAAUGAAAUAGUAAUAAAACCAUUUUGCAGGUAAUAGUAGUAGUGACAGGGUAGUGGUGAUGUUCUGGUGAUGAUGUUAAAAAUGCAACAUAAGUACUGGUGACAGUGAUGAGACGCGAUACCACUGACGUUAAUGGUGAUCUUAAAAUGGUGCCUGCAGUAAUGACCAAUGCACUAGAUCACUAUCACAUUCACUACUAGCCACAAGAUUCCGUCAAUAUCACUAUGAGGUUCUGCUGACGAAGGCGGUGAUGGUGGUAGUGAAGAUGGUGAUGGAGGUGGUGAUGGUGACAGACGGCAGGCACCACAAGUAACCCCGGAUAUAAAGCAGGCGGUGGUGGGGCCUUGUGGUGGUGUGGUGUCAGAAUGGCGCCACUGUGGUAGUGAUAAUGGUGGCUGAGUUGUUGUAUCAGUCACGCAGCGGCGGCGGGAGGUAGUGGCGGAGAGAAAGAGGGAGAGGGAGUGAGGGAGAGAGGUCUGAGAGAGUGAGUCGUGGCGCUUGGUGAUGGUGGUAUUAGUGGCACUGGACGGCGGUGGCGGAAGGAGUGUGGCUCUUCGCUCGCUGGUAGUGAAUGAACUGACUAAGGGAGACGUGCUUCGCUGCCUCACAUAUGCGGUGUAUUCAGUCAUGAAUCUGAUUUGAAUAAUGUGAAAGUGACAAUGAACUUCAGAAACACAAGUGAAGACAGAUACAGAUACAAAAAAAUGAAUGCAAGAAAAAGGAAAAGAAAACCAUAUUGAAUGAACAUUAGAGAGAAAAAUAACCAUAUACACAAGACUGAACAUUUUUGAAGUACGAUAAUUAUUAGAACUUUUACGAAACAAAUAUCAAACGAGACACAGAAAAGGACGUCAUUGUUUUGCUACAGUCUCGGAAUGAAAAGGAAAGAUGCAGUACAGAGGGAAUGGCGGUGGCAUGAGUGCGCGGCACCUCAAGGUUCGUGACCCGCGACACUUGCUGGACAGUCCUCCCCGCGUCCCGGACGCUGCGCCGCCCGGCACACCUUGUGACUCCCCCCCCCCGGCAUCCCCCGUCAGUGUGGCCGCUGUUGUCAUGGCCAACAGCGUGGAGGGCGCCGCACUGCAGCCCUCCAGGCAGCCCGCGGCCUCGGAGGUGGAGGUGGCGGCGGGGAAGGAGGAGCGGCGCCCCAGCGAGCCUGUCUCCAAGAAGAGGAGGUUGCUGCAGGCGCAGGACGAGAGUCAGGACAUCCUAGCGAAGGUGAUCUCUGAGGUGGGUAUUGAUGAUGACUCGAACUUGGUGGAGGGCGAGAUGGAGGAGCAGCCCAUCCCGGGCCCUGUCGAGGGCGUGAUGGGCCUGCCCUACACAAACGACGUGCGGCCCCCUCCCCCUGGUCUGCCUCUCCCUCCCAGGCUGAGAGUCGCGGACCCCCGCAUGCGUCCCACCUUCCCUUACCAAACCAUGGAGGGGCCCUACGUCAUGAGAGGACUGCGACCCCCUUAUCCCCAUUACGCCCCGAGGCCCAUUGACCUCCUAGCUCAGCAGGGACCCCCGCCACAGUACCGCCCAGUCUACCCUCCUGGUCCUUAUCAGCGGCUGCCGCCACCGCCGUCGCAGGCCAUAGCUCGGCUGCCCCUGGUGCGGCCAUCUGACCGACACCUGCCUCCACGCCACGUCUCUCCCUCUGUGCCCCGUCACUUCCGUCCGCCGCCUCUCCACACCUCACCCCCGGGCCCGCCACCGCUGCGCCAGACCCACGGGGUGCACCACGUCUUCGCCGCGCCGUCACACCGUCCUUUGCCGGGCUCCAGUCCGGAGUCUCCAACACACCUCUACCCGGGUCCACCGGUGCCUCGCCCUGAACUCAAGGAUUCCCACUUGCGUGAAGUGUAUGUUCCUGUUCUUUCCUUGCCGGGCGGCCCUUACGCCAACCUGCACCCCAGGAUACCCGAGGGCUUCACCAGGGUGCCCUUCGAUCCGAGAGCAGCGCCUAGGAGGGAGGGAGCUCCUCAUCAGAUGGUGGUGACGUCACGUUUGCCCCCGAGACCUGUCUACACAUCCGAGCGGCUUCCCGGUACUGAGCCAGCGUUACGGCCCCAACCUACGGGAGAUGAUUCGUGGAGACCCACGAGACGGGUGAUAGAGCCCCCACCGCCCUGCGUGGAGCUGAUCCCUCUCGGGCCUCUCCGCAGCUCCACCGCCACCACGUCUUUAUCGGAGGAUGGACGCGUGUCAGGCCUCGAUAACAAGCCUUCCGGUAGUUCCCCCCCACCGGAACCCAGGCCCCAGCAGGUGGGAGUGGAGUGUCGCAGGCAGUCAGCCCCAGCCCAGAAUGACCAGUGCUCGCGGCCCUCGCUUGCCCAACGCUCACUGUCUUCUGGCACGCCCUUGGGUGACACAGUGAAGGCCGCCCCGCUGGUUGAGGCGCUGCAGGUGGACGGCCGCGUGGUGACCAACAUUAUCACGGGGGACAGAGUAUACAAGGGUAGACACGUGCCGUUCAAAAGGAUUAAAAAGACAACUAAAUCGAGCGAGGAGGAGACGAGGCCAUCUUCCUCGAACAAUGACGCCACCGUCGAGAAAGAGGUCUGCAUUGACCGUGACGGAGGCGUAGUGACGCCCCAGAGUGGACUGCCCGCCGCUUGUGACGACACUGAUUCUCACCUGUCGCAGCCGACCAGAACCUCCAGGCCUGCCUCCGAGCCGCCUCCGGUAACCAUGGCACCGCCUGUCACAGGAAGGCGCCCUGCCUCAGUGCCUGCCGCGGGAACAACCUCUGUCCCGUGUCCACGGGGCGAGAUUCUGGAAGACGCGGCGUUCACGGAGCGCUUGCAAUUAGUGUUGAACGAUCUGGUCUCCGUACCCGGGGCCACUCAGCUUCAGGAACUGUCGCGCUCCCCCGCCAGGUUGCUGAGCACAGUGCUGAGGAGGUGGGGCGUGCAGCCCUCCACACACCCUGACUUACAGAAACGGCUACGGGAAGACUUCAAGACGAUGGUGAAGCUAUGCAUGCCGCCCACGCUGCUGCAGGACUUUGGAUGGGAGUCCUGCACCUCAGAGGAAAUUCUCACACAGCUCAUUCAGCUUUCCCAAAACGGUGACUUGGAGCGGCCGUCCAGCAUGACCAGCUCUAUCCCGCUGGACGAGACCCUGGACGAUGACGUCUUCAGCCCCUCCACGCCUCACUCCCAACCUCUCCACCCCUCACCAUCUGCCUCCCAGCCAUCCCAGCCCCCACCAGCCUCCCAGUCUUCUCACCCCUCAUCACCAGCCUCCCAACCCUCUCAGCCUCCAUCACCAGCUUCCCAGCCCUCCCAGCCGCCACCACCAGUCCCCAAGCUCUCUCAGACUUCACCAUCAGCUUCCCAGUCUCCUCAGCCUCCACCACUAGCACCUCAGUCCUCUCAACCUUCACCAUUAGCCUCUCAGUCCUCUCAGCCCCCAUCACCAGCCCUUCAUCCCCUUCAACCCCAACCACCAGGCCCACAGCCCUCUCGGACCUUACCAUCAGCCUCCCACUCCUCUCAGCCACCAUCACCAGCCUCCCAGUCCUCUCAGCCCCAAGUACCAGCCCUCAAGUUCUCUCAGCCCCCAUCACCAGCCUCUCAACCCUCUCAGUCCCCGUCACCAGCCUCUCAACCCCCUCAGCCCCCACCACCAGCCUCUCAGUCCUCUCAGCCCCCACCACCAGCUCUCCAGCCCUCUCGCUCAUCCCCACCAGCUCUUCAGCCCUCUCAGCCCCCACCACCAUCCCCCAAUCCUCUCAGCCCCACCAUUAGCCUCCCACCCCUAUCAGCCCCAACCAGUAGCCCCUCAAGCUUCAGUCCCCCAUCUCUCCUCACCGCCUGCCUCCAAACAUCUUCCCUCUCCCACUCUCCCCUCUCGUCCCUCUCACCUCUCACUCUCCUCCCCGCAGCCCCCGUAUCCUCCCCCUCCCCUCCAGUCCCCAACCUCUAGGCCCACUCAUCUCCCCCAGCAUAUUUUCCAGCCCCUCACCAUCCGGCGCCCUUCACACAGCCCCCCGCUAACCACCAGACACACACCACUCAGGUCACUCAUAUUCAGUCCUCUACAUCGCAGCCCUCUCAUUUCCCACUCGUGUCUCGUCACUCGUACCCCCCGCAGCUCACCUCUCAGCCCCUCCCACUCGCAUCCCGCCCCACUCACCCACCCGUAGCCCGCCAAACUGUCCCCCACUCAUCACAACCCACUCAUCUUCCACCACAGAUCCAACAGGCUGCUUAUCACCACUCCCACUCGUCCAGACCCCCUCCCCUGUCACUAGGUUCCCCUCAGCCCCUUCCCCACUCACCCAAUCCCACUCAGACCUCGCCACAUUCCCCGCAUACUAUUCCGCACUUUCCUACAAAAGCUGACAAAUUAUCCUACUCAAGAUUCCAGUACCACACGCAGCCUUAUCCUAGACCUCUUGCGUUUAGGUUCCCCACUAGCCCCUCGCAGCCCCAGCCCCCCCUUGGUGUCAGGAAUACUGCCAUCACGCCCCAGGAGUCUAGAGAACUUCCAUCAGCACCUUCGUCAUCAGCAUCAGCAACAGCAGCAGCAG